AACAGCUCGCGAUACUGCAGGUACACGUUCAUCGAGACCGGUGCACGUGCUGGGGAGAAACAAGUAAUCAAAAAGGCUUGGAGUGAGAAGAAAAGGAAGGUGGGUAGCGAGAUGGAGGAAAAUCAGGAUGUGCGUUCGACUACAGAAGGGCCAGAGGUUGCGUAUUCUCCCAACUCUAUUCCAUCAUUGCUCGCGAUUCCUGUAUCACCUUCGCCUCUUCGAUGUAGGUCGCCUUCGAGAUCUAAGAAAGCAUCUACCUCACCAUCCCCCGCAGAGGGGUUGACGAUGUCAGCGGCAAACUCUAUGCUGGAGAGCCACCGAUGUGGGACAGUGAUGCCUUCUUCGCGGAUGCAGAUGAGAAAGCGGGAGACUAAAAUGCUCGACAUCCUACAGGAUGCAAGAUUUGGUUCUGUCAGCAAAUUCCUUACACCAUGA